UUCUUUUAAGACCAAGAUAUAAACCGUACAGAUGCUCGUAUUUUAAUUUCUUAUUGGCGAAAUAUUUAAUGACUGUUAUUAGUAAUGAUCAGCAGAAUAGCAAAGUAUUUGUAUAAAGAUUAACUAAGAAUCUUAUAUGGAUUGUCAUUAAAUGUGAAAAUAGUGAAAGUGUUUUUGGUGUCAGGAAUUAACGAUUAAAACCUCUGAGAUGAAAAUGGAUUGGUGUGUGUUUUCAGUGGUUUCGAUUUGUACUGUGCAUUGUGCGGUGUUGUAGUGAAAUGUUCUCCGGCUUCAAGUUGGCGAAACAGAAGGGGAAAGAAGAGGUAUACUGCUACAGGAGUGUUAAAUCUAAACCUCCAAGAACGCCGUCUUUGUCACGUAAACAACAACGACGUCGCUCAGAGCCGGGAGUUGUACCUUCAAUAGUGGGCUUCACGAAGGACUCCGUCGCCCACGAGUCAGACAGACUUGCGCCUGGUGACCGGAUAUGCAGCGUCAACGGUAUAUCCACUGCAAGGUUGACUAAUGAGGAAGUGCUGCGGUUACUGGACAAUGUCGAGGAGAGAGCGUCUUUGGAAGUGGAGUAUUAUAUGCCCAAUUAUGCAUCCCAAAACUCACUGUACAUUACGACUAAGUUAGCAGAAGUCCCUGUUGAGAAAGUAAACGGGUCACUAGGGGUCACUAUACGAGGCGGCCUCCCGGACAAUUCGGCUCCUAGUGCAGACCUGGUGCUGAACAGCAGGUCUUUAGACGCUUUACCCCUAGUGGUAACACAUGUGAGGCCUGGCGGAGCAGCGUAUAAUACUUCUAGAAUAAAGCCAGGGGAUAGGCUAUUAAAAGUUGACCAUAUAUCACUCACAAACAAAACCUUAUCAGAAGUCCACCAAAUCCUCCAGAACAGUCCGCAAGUGACCAGCCUGACCAUAGAAUACGAUGUAUCCAUCAUGGAAUCAGUGAAACUUGCGACUGGACCUCUAUUGAUUGAAAUCGAGCGGCCUUGUAAUGAGGAUUUGGGAUUGUUUCUGAGUAAUCAGAGGUACUCCGAUGACGUGUACAGUUCUGGCUCCGAUACCUACCAGAGGGUGGGAACGUGCAACGCAAUUUAUAUUGACAGUAUAUUACCUGCUAGUAUAAGUGAUAGAUGCGGUGCUCUUCACCCCGGUGACCAACUGCUCGCCUUUGAUGACCACGUGAUAGAUGGCAACAACUAUACGGCGGAGGAGGUCAUGUGCUACCUAGAGAACUGUGAGGCUGGCUUCACGAGACUACACGUCGCGCCCAGGCAUGUGCUUGCUCAUGGAGGCAGGUUUACAAGAGAAAACUCGAUGUCCGGUGCUUCGACGUUGAAUCCGAAGAAACAUCGACAGAGGAACUACAGACAAAGCUCGAUGCCUAAACUAGGCUUACCAGAUGAUUACGACGGGCAGCAGAACUACAUGAACAUGGGCGUAUGUCGGACCGAGUCGUUGAAUAUACAGCUGGAAGUGCCUCCGGGACAAACCAGCGGGCUUGCGGUGCACGAUGAAAAUGCUGCAUUAAUUAUUUCACACGUUGCCCCUCAAUCGACUGCCUAUCGGUCCGGCUGCUUACAAAUAAGAGAUAGAGUGAUGUCAAUAAACGGCCACGAUAACCUAACAGUGGAUGUAGCAAAUGAAAUACUGCAAAGGAGAAACGAUUCGCACAAUCCAAAAUAUCUAACUCUCAACGUAGAGUUUAGUAUGCCGAACACAAUAGAAGCUUCUAGUGGUGUAUUUAAUGUCAAACUAGCUAAAACUACUGCUGGACUUGGUGUUACUAUUACAGGUUGUAAACAGAAACUGCUUACAAAUGAAGAGCCAAUGGUCAUAUCAGAUAUCAAACCGGGAUCAGUAGCGCAUCGAAGUGGCGCCCUUGCUCCAGGAGACCAGCUGUUGGCCAUCAACGGACAGCCGUUACAUAACUUAUCAUUGGAUACCGCCUUCAAUAUCCUCCAAAACUCCCCCGAAGAUAUUAUAACUUUGAAGAUCCGAAAACGUGACAUCACGGAGGACUGGUCGAGCAUUCACAAACACAAUGCAAAGUUGACAUUACAGAGCUUCAGCAAUAUUGAAACUAAAGCUGUAGUUCACAGUGGGGAAGACUCGGGGCAUCACACAGACAGUCCUAAUAAUAGUGCUAAGGAAAGCGAGAGAAGUCAUGGUAGUGACAAUAGUAAUACGGCAGUGUUUAUGGUGGAAAUAAUAAGACAAGAAAACGGACCACUCGGUUUGACUAUUGCUGGUAGCGAGGAUAUUACGCAGCCGAUACUUCUAAGCGGCCUUAUUGAAGGUGGUCUCGCAGAAAAAUGCGGGAAGCUGGCAAUAGGUGAUGAACUUCUAAGUAUAAACGGUGAAAGUGUACUUAAUAAGCCGCUAUCUGAAGCGAUUAAGCUUCUUCAGCAAAGUGGGAUGCGAGUCCAGUUGCAGAUGUGUAGGAAAGUGACAGGUUCCUUGGAUUGUGCGGAGUCCAGUGUGAGGGAUUCCAGUCAUUCCACAUCCAGCCCAGGGUUAUCUAAUGACAGCGCGGUCGAGUCUUGGGAUCAGAACACACCUGUAAGGACUAGUGCCAACUGCGGUAAUUCAGAGGUAAUAGAAUACGCGGUGCCGGACAAAACUCGAAUAAUUGAUAAGCAUCCCUACUCACCGACGGACGAAGACAAACUAAUGGCGUCAAGUUUCAACGCAGCCUACAACGUUCACGAUCUUCCUCUGCCCAACUACUCACUGAACAAUUCACUCAAGACGUUCCACUAUGAGAAUACCCACAUAAUUCCCGAGAAUACGUUGAAGAAUAAGCAGAAUAUCACACGGGAGGAUGACGUCCAACAAAUUGAAAUAAUGACGUCAAACAUGAAGGACUGUCAGUUACAUAACAUGGAGAAGAACUCCUGCAAAUGCGACUACGUCCAGAUGGGGCCAUACGGUAUAGUUUCCCCGAAAAUCCGGAGACCAAACUGGGACAACGAUUAUUUGAAUAACGGCAUUUAUACAGUGACGACGCCGCAGAAAUCACCUCACAAACCUAAUAUCCCUGGCACGAGUUUUCAAUUUUCCACGAGUCCUAUUUAUGAAAAUGACGCGCCAAGUCUCUAUAGCUGCGAUACCCUUUCCCCCGCGCGAGGCUCCAUCCAUCACGUGAUUUUGUACAAAGACGCCAUUUACGACGACUACGGCUUCUCAGUCUCAGACGGAUUAUACGAGCGGGGGGUAUACAUAAAUCGGAUAAGAAAGGGCGGCCCUGCCGACAUUGUGGGUUUGUUGAGGCCGUAUGAUAGGAUUUUGCAGGUCAAUGGUACGCGGACUGUGGACUAUGACUGCUGUUUGACAGUUCCUCUAAUAGCGGCUGCCGGAGACAGACUGGAAAUCAUAGUGCAAAGGAUGGCGACGUCUCGAGACCUCAAAAACCAACGGCUAGAGGAUAGUUCAAGCCCGAGUGAUAGUAGUAUCGUGACUAAAACUAUUUAGUGUAUAACCCGACUUUAGUGAAACUACAAAAGAAACACUUGAAACGUUUUGUUUUAAUUAACUAUUUAAUUUUACC